AUGACUAGUGCGCAUACACUAACCUGGUCGCUUGAGUUUGGAAAGCUGGAACAGGAGAGGACACCAUGAACAAACUACUGGUCUUCUCCUUGCCCUUUUUAUUCAGUUCGGUGGUCUGGAGUGGAUAUCUGGAGUCAGACCAGGAUGUCUUGAUACCACAGGAGUGGGCUCAUGUGGAUCGGGUUGGUCCCACAGAAGAGCUCGAACUGACCUUUGCCCUAAAGCAGCAGAAUGUUCACCUGCUGGAGGAAAAGCUCAGGCUGGUGUCAGACCCUGACUCAGUUCAGUAUGGUAAGCAUCUCAGUCUGGAGGAAGUAGCCUCCCUCGUGCGUCCCUCUGACCUGACCGAAAAGGUGGUGCAUCGCUGGCUGCAGAGUCAUGGGAUUACAAACUGCUUAACUGUUCGCACUCAGGACUUUUUGCAGUGCACCAUGACUGCAGAGACUGCAGAGCAGUUACUUCCAGGAAGCAGAUUUCACCGUUAUAUGAGAGAUGGACAUUAUUUAGUGAGGUCUUCAGCUCCAUACUCGGUUCCCGAUGACGUUCAUCAUCACCUUGACUUUGUUGGAGGACUUCACCGUCUUCCUCCUAAGGGACUGGAUCUCAGCAAGAAGCAGACGUCUAAGGCAGGGUUUCACCUCGGGGUGACUCCUGCCGUUUUAAGGACUCGCUACAAUCUAACAUCAGCUGAUGUGGGAUCAGUUCAGAACAACAGCCAAGCUGUAGCUCAAUUUUUGGAGCAGUAUUACCAUCCCGCCGACUUGGCUGAGUUCAUGGCCAUGUUCGGUGGUGGCUUCCAGCAUCGGUCUGAGGUGGAUCGAGUUGUAGGAACCCAGGGGGGAGGAAAAGCUGGUAUAGAGGCCAGUCUGGAUGUAGAGUACAUCAUGAGCACAGGGGCAAACAUCUCCACUUGGGUCUUCACCAAUCCAGGUCGCCAUGAGUCCCAGGAGCCUUUCCUCCAGUGGAUGAUUUUGCUCAGCAACAUGACUGACCUGCCCUGGGUUCACACUAUCAGCUAUGGAGAUGAUGAAGACAGUCUGUCUGCAGCCUACAUGACGCGCAUCAACACAGAGUUCAUGAAAGCCGGCGUCAGAGGAAUCUCAUUGCUCUUUGCUUCUGGUGACAGUGGUGCUGGAUGCAGACAUCUGGGCAAAGAAAACACCUUCAGGCCCAGUUUCCCUGCCUCAAGCCCAUAUGUGACUACAGUAGGAGGCACAUCCUUCAAGAACCCCUAUAAGGUCACGUAUGAAGUCACAGACUCCAUCAGUGGUGGAGGCUUCAGCAACAUCUUUAAGAUGCCCGACUACCAGACCACUGCGGUGAAUAGCUAUCUAAAGACUGUAGCGACAUCUCUCCCUCCUAAGUCAUACUUCAAUACCAGCGGAAGGGCUUACCCAGACAUGGCUGCCCUAUCUGAUAAUUACUGGGUGGUCAGCAACAGAGUGCCUGUCCCGUGGGUGUCGGGGACCUCGGCAUCGACCCCUGUAGUCGGAGGUAUGCUUUCCCUCAUCAAUGAUCAACGUUUCAUGAAGGGCCUGCCUGCCCUGGGCUUCCUCAACCCCCGACUCUAUAAGCUGAAUGGAAAGGCCUUAUUUGAUGUAACUGAAGGUUGCCACUAUGGCUGUCUGGACGAGCAGGUUCAAGGGCAGGGUUUCUGUGCCGCACCUUCGUGGGAUCCUGUUACCGGCUGGGGUACGCCAAACUAUCCCGCCCUGCUGGCUGUCCUCCUGAGUGAUUAGCUGCAAAUAACCCACCAGCGCCUGCUCUGAGAGUAGACGCCAGACACACAAUGCCAAAGGCAAAAGGGUCGAAUAGCUAUACUCUAGGUUGCCUCUUUUGGUUUUAUUCAGGUAUACGUUUGAAGUUGAAGGAUUAUUGAACUCCUAAAGAUUUUUGUUUGCUGAAUCAUUUAAGGAAAAUUGCAUCGCCUCUCAUUUAAAGGCUUCAAACUGUUCAAGUAUGUUUGUCAGGGAUAAUUAUAGUGGUAGUUUUUUAAUACUGCACUACAGCUGCCAUUUUCUGCUGUUCACUGCAUUUAUAACUGACCCAGAUUUGAGAUAUUCUUGGCUUUACAUCCAUCCCUCUAGAUACACAGUGAGGACGUACAGUCAGCUAUGCAAAAAGAUUAAAUAACUUUAUUGAAAAGGUGGAAAUAUAUACUGUAAUCACUUCUUAUGCACAGCUUGUUUUAAAAUAAGUGCUGUUGAUUGUUAAUGAUUGUGAGCUGGAUUAAUAUCUGAUCUGUACAGGGAACGAGACUUCCAAACUACUCGGCAGGGAUAAACUAGGUACAAGUCAUCGUGUUGUUUGAGAUUUUUAAAACACCGCUCAUGUAUGUGCACUAAAAAGGGGAACAUAUUUUGUGGUGUGCUGAUUAAGAGGACCUUUGAAAUCUUGAUUUGCUGCUGUGAAAUGACAAGAUGUGUUGUAAUAUGUGGAUUUGAAGUGAUUCAGCAAUUCUACCCACCAGCAUUGUUGUACUUGUUGUGAAAGCACUGCCUUUGCUAUUUUUGUGGACUGAUUAAAACCAGAUUAUGUACAACAAAAUGUCAGAUGGGUG